AUGGAGGCCGCAAAUAAACGACCUAUCAAUGGUAGCACAGACGACGAGUCUGCUAGCACCAGUACAUAUGGCUUCAAUUCGACUACGUCAGGACAGCAAGAAACUAGCAGCGACGCCGAUGCCCCAGUAACUUCACCCGUAUCGCCUCCAUACUGGGUUCAAGGCCAUCAGAGAUCCGUCUCCAACAUUUCAGUCGACUCUUUGCCUGGCGGAAUCACGUUGCAGGACAACACCGACGAGGACGAUGUGAAGAACAAAGCCUGUUGGGCUAAGAGUGUAUACAUCGAGGACCAUGUAAUUAUCAAUGGGAACAGAACCGGCAUAGGUGCCUUUGUGGUCUGGAAUAUCAAUGUGGAGACUCUGCAGGGAGGUACAAUACGCAUUCGAAAACGAUACUCUGAAUUCGACGAUCUGCGAUACAAACUCCUCCAAACCUUCCCAAACUCCGAGGCUGCUAUGCCAUCGCUACCACGAAAGAGCGUCAUAUCGAAGUUUCGACCCAAAUUUCUGGAGAAUCGAAGAACUGGGUUACAAUACUUCCUCAAGUAA